UGAGCAAUAUUAGCAUGUGCUUUCAAGUAUGAUAAGACCUGUGGGAACAUGUUGAUUCCAUUGAAGACUGCAAUUAAAUCAGCAGAUGUCAUUUUUCAGAUCAACACAGAUACACAACACAGGCCAAGUGGUUGAUCAAGAUGCCCUGGUGAACGCUCUCCAGAAUGGAGUUAUUAAGGCUGCAGCUUUGGAUGUGACAUAUCCUGAGCCAUUACCAAGAGACCAUCCUUUGCUACAUUUAAAGAAUGUGAUUAUAACACCACACAUUGGAAGUGCAACUUCACAAACCCGCCGCCUUAUGAUGAAAAACAUGGUCGAAAGCAUUGUAGCUGCAGUAAAUGAUCUUCCAGUCCCUAAUGAAGUACAUCGUGGGUAAUAUGUCCUACCUGUGCUCCUGGAUGAAUACCCCCAUUCUAUGUACAGUCAUCUGUAUCUGCCUCAAAUCUUACUUAAGAAAGUGAUGUAUGGAUUUUUCCC